GGAAGCAACCUAGUCCAGUGGAGCCGGGCGGGCGUGGGAAUCCGGGCUGGGCCCAGGCUGCCAGGUUUCCAGCACCCGCUCAGACAGUCCUGAUGGGCAGACUCUGACCUGAUCCUCCCCUGUCCCCGCCACGACCAACUUCCACGUUCAUGGGAGGCAAGAUGGCGACUGGGCCAAAUGGGCUCGAGGAAUGGGUGGGCAGCGCAUACCUGUUUAUGGAGUCCUCGCUGGACAAGGUGGUCCUGUCUGAUGCCUACGCUCACCCCCAGCAGAAGGUGGCGGUGUACAGGGCUCUGCGGACUGCACUGGCAGAGAGUGUUGGGAGCCCGGAUGUGCUGCAGAUGCUCAAGAUCCACCGCAGCGAUCCGCAGCUGAUUGUGCAGUUGCGUUUCUGCGGCCGCCAGCCCUGCAGCCGCUUCCUGCACGCUUACCGCGAGGGGGCGCUGCGCGCCGCGCUGCAAGGGCGCUUGGCAGCCGCACUCGGGGCCCAACAUUCGGUGCCUUUGCAACUGGAGCUGCGCGCUGGCGUGGAGCGGCUGGACACCUUGCUGACGGAUGAGGAGCGCUGUUUGAGUUUCAUCUUUGCCCAGAAGCCUGACCGGCUCCGGGAUGAGGAACUCUCUGAGUUGGAGGAUGCUCUCCGGAAUCUGACAUGCGGCUCGGGGGGCCAGGGUAGCGACGUGGAGGUCGCUAGGGCGCCCUCGCGGUCGUUGGAAGACUCUCUCUCAGAGGAGAAGCCGCUGCCACCGCCUUCUGGCCAAACUUUUCUGUUCCAGGGUCAGCCCAUAGUGAACCGGCCACUGAACCUGCAGGACCAACAGACGUUCGCGCGCUCAGUAGGCCUCAAGUGGCGCAAAGUGGGGCGUUCCUUGCAGCGAGGCUGUCGUGCGCUGCGGGAUCCGGCACUCGACUCACUGGCCUAUGAGUACGAGCGCGACGGGCUGUAUGAACAGGCCUUCCAGCUGCUGCGGCGCUUCGUGCAGGCCGAGGGCCGCCGCGCCACGCUGCAGCGUCUGGUAGAGGCUUUAGAGGAGAACGAGCUCACCAGCCUUGCAGAGGACUUGCUGGGCUUGGCGAAUCCCGAUGGUGGCUUGGCCUAGGCUGGGUACCAGAGAAAGGGGCAAUCGGCCAGUUGUCCAGCCAGGGUUUGGAGCACUUGGAUGACCCUAGAGUCCCUUCUGCUGCUACUGCUGAGCUCUGUCCAUCCAUGGGACUCUGAGACCACACUUAAAACCCCAUUUAGCUAAGCUGUUGAAACUGAUGGGCAGUGUUGACUUGCCUUCUCCAAGAGUUGGGCAAGCACCCACCAUCCCUACUGGGGUGCCAUUGGGGAUUUGGCUCCAGAUACUAUGACAGACACAGAGUGCAUGAGUGACCUGCUGCAGUAGUCUGCCCACCCCCAAAUGAAGGGCUUCUGGUCAGCCCUUACCUCUUCACUUGUUGAACAAGUAACUGCUCAUUAAGCAUUUGCUGUGUUCUAGUCAUCAUCCUGGGUGCUGCAAACAUUGUGGUGAACAAGAUACAUGAAACUGCCUGCCUCCAGUUCAUACUCAGUGUCGGACUGCAAAUAUUAAGCAACAGUAAUAAAAUUGUUUGAUGCGAAAAA